AUGAAGCGGACGGUAGCCCAGCAGGACGGCGUGGCAGCAGCGAAGCGGUCGAAGAAGGAGUCGAGUAGCGAUGAAGAGACCAUUCUGCCUGUUAGAGCGUCUGAGCUCAAGAAUGCAUCCACCAGCGUCGUCGAGAAGCCGACACCGAAACUAGCGUCAAUCUUCCAGCCUCGUUCGACCACCGCUUCUACCAACGGCGGCGCCUCGUUGUCCGCAGCGACCAAGAGUCUCAAGUGGCUCGAACCGCUUGGGCCCAACAAGACGUGCCUGCACGGUGUCUACGGUGACCCGCAGCCAAGCAGCAACGUUGCAUUCUACGAUUUGGAUGGCACCAUCGUUCGUCCUAAGAACGGCAAGACGUUCCCCAGCAAGACGGACGAGUACGACUUUGAGUUCCUCUUCAGCUCUCCACCUCGUGCCGGCACACUGACCGUCAUCCAGCGCAUUCAAGAGCGACACGAGAGAGGCUUUGCUGUCGUCGUCAUUACGAAUCAAAAACAGACGGCCUAUUCGGCCAAAUCCGGCUUGGCCACAUGGAAGAAGAAGAUGGCGCACAUUGCCGCGGCCAUCGACGUGCCAAUGCGAGUGCUUGCGGCGCUAGGCGACGAUGAAUUCAGGAAGCCCAGGCUGGGGAUGUGGGAAGAAUUUUUGAAGCGAAACGGCGAUGUGAAGGUGGACGUCAAGGAAAGCUUUUUCGUCGGCGAUGCGGCCGGGAGAAAAAAAACGAGGGACCAUCAGGACACCGACCUGAAGUGGGCUCUGAACGCCGGCCUAACGUUUUUUACUCCGGAGGAGUACUUUCUGGCCAGGGCGAAAGAAUACGAGAUUCCAGUUCGACCUUGGAGUCCGUCUGCAUCUGUGCCAGCGACCGGGACGUUGAAAGGGCUGAUCGCUGAACCGGAGGACGAGAUGGUGACGGUGCAACUUUCCGCCCUUGACACGGACGACGAUGCUCCACGAACAAUCUUGGGCGGUAACGAAAAGAAACCUGAAAUCGUCCUGUUCGUCGGACCACCAGCGUCAGGCAAGACGUUUCUGUACAAUCGCACGUUCACCCGCGCCGACUACGCCCACGUCAACCAGGACACGCUCGGCUCGCGCGACAAGUGCCUCCGCGUUGUCGCCGAUACCAUCGCAUCCCACCAAUCCUGCGUGGUCGACAACACGAACCGCGACCGAAAGACGCGCAAGCUCUACAUCGACCUCGCGCAAAAAUUGGGCGUCACGAUCAGAUGCAUCUACUUUGACGUGCCCAAACACGUGUGCGUGCACAACAACCAUUUCCGGGCGCAUCACGGACCAGUCAACGAGCACGAGGUCAAGCGCAAAAUCUUGCCCGUCACCGCCAUAGACAGCUGGUUUGCACAGCGCGAGGUGCCCAAGAAGAGCGAGGGGUUCGACGCGGAAGUGGUGAGGGCCGUGUGGGGGUGGAGUGGCGACGAGAAAGCGGCAAGAAGGUGGAGGAUGUACUAUCAUUAA